AGCAGAUAUUCCCCAGAGGGGAUGCUGAGCGGAAGGAGCUCUCUGCAGACUCUGCUAAGUCUUCUGUGCAUAUCUGUAUCUCCGACACUCCCCUCUCCGAGGUCAGAAUCCUAUGGCUCCCGAAAUGAAGUCCUGCUGAUCUUCUCCUGGUUGGCUCGAUCCACCAUGCCUUGCGAUGCUCCCCCUCUUGGGGCUUGUCUGCUCUUCCUGCUCUGCUCUGUCCUGGCCUCAAAGAACCAGAUCUUGGGCCGAGUGGGAAACACGGUGGAGCUGCCGUGCCUUAGAGAGGGAAAUGUAUCCCGGACCCGGCAGCAGGUGAACUGGAGCCGUACUCUGCAAGGCGUUGUCCACCAGCUGGCAUCUGUGAAUGUGAGCAAGGGGGAGUGGCCUGGCAAGCAGGUAACCCUGAUCUAUGACGACGUCCUUUACCUCCUGCUUCACAAUGUGUCCUCGGAUGACGCUGGGGGCUACCUGUGCGUCGCCGGGAAUGGGAGUGUGUGGGCCACUUUGGUGUGCAUCCAGAACCACACAGGUGGUGUUGGACUUUCAGAGGGAACUAAUAUACCUUGGACAUGUGAGGGGUUCGAAAUUCAGCUAGUAAACGUCUCUCGGAACAGCUGCCUCUCCCUCGGAGACACAGCCGUCCUCAGCUGCCCUCAGGCCGCCAAACCUCCGUUCCACUUGUUACACCGAGGGAUGGAGCCCGGAAAACAGCGCUGCUCGUCGAUCUUCGGCAGGGUGAACCUGCAUCCAGGGUAUGGUCUGCGACUCAGCAGGGGCUGGCCCCUCCUCAUCCUCCGCCUGCAGCAAUCCGGCUACUACUUCUGCAGUCCUGAUGGUCUCAAAUAUAGUGUGGAUCUCGUCCAGCGAUCAGAUAUCCUGGACUUCCCACUGAGUUUGUGGAUUCCUCUGACCACGGUCUUCCUGACAGUGUGUGUCUACGCCUUGUGUGUCACCCUGUCCUUCACUAUCCGUCGCAGUUAA